UCCAACCUGCAACAGCUGACGACGAACUUCCACAUUCUCCACCGGCGCUGCCGCAAUGUCUGCCAUCUCUAGAGACACGAAGUACAGGAGUCCAACCACUGCUUUCAGCAGCCGCUCCUACGCCUCUGAGGGCUCCCAGUCCUAUGCCAUCUCCACCCCCAGUGGUAUCAGGUUCACAGGAGCCUGGAGCCCCACGCUGAGUGGUAGAGCCGUCAUCAAGGGAAAUCAUGGAGCAGAGAGCCCCAUCAAAACUGGGCUUGACCCAGAGGUCCAGCACGUGAAAAUUCAGGAGAAGGAGCAGCUCAAGCAUCUCAACCAUAAAUUCGCCCACUUUAUCGACAAGGUCCGCAUGCUGGAGCAGCAGAACCAGGUGUUGAAGACCAAGUGGAGCAUCUUGCAGAGCCAGAAAACUGGCCCCAGCAACAUGGAAAACAUGCUCAAGGCGUGGGUCGGCAGCUUGCAGAAGCAGCUGGAGGGCUUGGGGCAAGAGAAAGCCAGCCUGGAAGCCGAGCGGGGCAACAUGGAGGACCUAGUGGCAGAGUUCAAGACGAAGUUCGAGGAAGAAAUCAACAACCGGGCUGAGAAGGAGAACGAUUUUGUCCAGCUGAAGAAGGAUCUGGACGAGGACUAUAUCAGCAGGCAAAAACUGGAGGUCAAUGCGCAAAGUCUGACCGACGAAAUCAACUUCCUGACCCAGCUUUAUGCCAAGGACCUGUGCCAAGUGCAGGCCUGCGUGGAGAUCUCCAACACCCCUAUGGUCAUCGCCGUGGAGCGCAGGCCCACGCUGGACGUGGCCGGCAUCAUCGCGGAGGCCAGGGAGCAGUACGAGGCCAAGGCGAAGGAGAGCCGCGAGGGCGCGCGGAGGCAGUACGAGACCCGGCUCCCCUUGGAGGUGCCCGUGUGA